AUGAUAGAACGGCUGCCUGACGAGCUACUCACCGAAAUUAUCGGUUAUGCUGGCCUUGAUAACACACACAGACCUUCAGCGCAGAACAUAAAACGUUUCGCUCCAGUAUCCAGGAAGUUCGCCAACUGUACCCAAGAGAUCCUCUAUCAAGACAUCGACUUAGUGGUACGAAACAAAUCCACAAUCGACACUCCGAAAACAGCGCACAAAAUAACAUGUCUCUUCCAAACUCUUCUUAAAUGUCCUGGACUUAGAUCCAAAGUCCGGAGUUUAUGCCUAGUAGACUGCCGCAAGCGCGGCAAGUCGCCAAGCGCAUGGAUUGGACUAGGAGAGCACGUGCGAAGUCUGGCUCUUCCCGUCGAAGUCAAGUAUAUCUGGCUGGAUGAGGCGCAACGCAGGUCCUCCGAAGCUAUGUUGGUCGGUCUUUUAUCUGUCGUAACGAACUUACGGGGCCUUCACCUCACGAACGCCGGGAAUCUAUCCCUGCUAUCAAGAUUUUGGGGAGUCCCCUCUCCACCAAUAUUGCGAUUGCUGGAGACUUUGAAGAUUGAACCGCUGAUUGAGGCCGUGCGAAAUGACUACUCUCCAGUGAGCCAUUUUACAGGAGUGCAUGGUCAGAAGAACACGUCACUCUUCUACCACCCGGCAAUACGCAAUCUUGCUAUCAUGAAUAUUCACAACGGUUAUGUGAAUGACGACCGCUUGGGAGAACUUCAAGGUGUAUCCAGAGUUACCAACCUCGUUAUUCAUGGGUGGAUACAAGAUAUGUAUCUAGCUUCAUUUCUAAAACGAUUCAAGGGACUGAGAAGGUUUGUGUUCAUCGAAAUACCUCUUCCAAUACUAUAUUUCAACCUUGCUAUCGGGUUACGGGAGCAUUGA